CGCAUAAUCUUCUCUCUGUCUGACCUUGGGAAUCUGUUUUGGAAUUCUUUUCCCCCUGUUUUUCUUUCUCUGCUUUCGAACAGAGCUACUUGAGCUCUCAAGACAAUCAAAAUCCAUGAGAGAAGACAAGACCUUAGGAGAGAAACCAUCUGUAAGAAUUCCUCCACCAAGGGGUCAAGUUAAAGUUAGGAUGUACAAAGUGGUGGUGAAGAAAAUAAAGUCUGCAGUGUCAAUGGCAGGAAGGGGAAAAAAGGAAGAUGGUGCGGGAAGCUCCUCAACGACCCCCAAUCCAAGUGGUUGCACCUCAGAAAAGAAUUCAGAUUCCUGAGCCCUAUGAUCAAUUCAAUGAAAAUCUUCUUUUCUCAACUUCUUAAUUCCCUCACUGUGGCCUUUUUUUUUUUUUUUCUGUGCCUUUUCCUUUUCCUGGUGAUCAAGAAGGGAAGAACAUGUCAUAGUCUGUGUUCUUGUUUCUCGGACAAUUAUCUUUGAAGUUGGGCAAAUUGACGGUGUGGGACUGGGGACUGGGAGUAACAACCAAUUUCUUCUGUCUAGACAUCAUAAGAGGAGAUUGAAUGUUGGUUCUGUAAACUAUGCAUUGUGCUGUUACCAUGUAGUAGAACUUCAA